GUUUCUUCUCCGUCCACCAUGAGUUAUGUCCUCAAAAGUUUGAAUAAAAAGAAGGACGUCGACAAUGCAAUCAAGACAUGCGAAGACAAAGUCCUGGUGAUGAGGUUUGGAAGAGAGACUGAUGGAGUUUGUCAACAACUGGAUGAUAUCCUGGCCAAGACCUCUCAUGAUUUGUCUCGUAUGGCUGACAUAUACAUUGUGGAUGUAGAUACAGUGCCAGUCUACACAAGAUACUUUGACAUCUCUCUGAUUCCAGCAACUGUGUUUUUCUUCAAUGGCCAACAUAUGAAAGUUGAUUAUGGAACUCCAGACCACACCAAGUUUAUUGGCAGCUUCAAAACCAAGCAGGAUUUUAUAGACCUGGUAGAGGUGAUCUUGAGAGGAGCUUUAAGAGGAAAACUGAUUGUGAACAGCCCCAUAGAUCCCCAAAAUGUUCCUAAGUACAAUCUUCUAUACAAAGACAUUUAAAAAUGAUUGUAAAUUUUUAUGAAUUUCCUGUCUGUACCUAUUCCAGCUUAACUUUUAUACAGUGGUUUACCAACCUUAACCAGCCCUAUCAAGAAAAUUGUUAGUAGCUCUGAAAUGCAGGAUCAGUGUAACCUUUGCCAUCGAAAAUAUUAUUGUUUAACCUUUUAUGUUUGUAUUAUGUAAGCAUUUUGUGCCAUUUUCCUACUUUGUCCUUUUUGCCCAUGAGCUAAUCAAGAAAUAGAUAGUUUUCGAACAAUAAGUUAUCUAUAAAAAACACCCCUGCCUCUACAAUUAAAAUAAAAGCUAGAAUCAGAAGU